UGUUUCAGAUGUGCAAACCAGGAUUAAAAGCAAGGCAGGACACAUGUAGAGACUUUGUUGCUGCUGCUGCAUGACUGCAUGGAUUGUAUGUGUAUCUCUCAUAAUGUUUGGUAGGUUAUUUAAGUAUUACUGACUAUUUAAGCAUGGAGUCUUUGGAUGUUGCAGAACAGCUUCUUUUUAAUCAGUCAGCAAAUGUGCCUGACAUAACUGCAGUGACUAUUUCAUAUCUAUUUUGUAUUUUUGCUGGCUCUUUGUCAAUUCUCAUAUUCUUUGGAAACCUACUUGUAAUAAUGUCUAUUGUGUACUUCAAACAGCUCCACACUCCUACAAACUUCCUGAUGCUCUCUCUGGCUGUGGCUGACCUGCUAGUUGGACUUUUAGUUUUGCCUUUUACUGUUGUGCUUUUUGUGAGCUCAUAUUGGCAUAUUGAAGAUAUACUUUGUAAGGUGCGAGGCAGUUUAGAUGCGUUAUUGUGCAAUUCUUCCAUUUGGAACUUGUGCUUCAUUUCUGUUGACAGAUAUUACGCAGUGUGUCAGCCUCUGAGAUACAGAACUAAAAUAAAUGUCUGUGUCAUUUGGAUCAUGAUCAUGGUGUCCUGGACUAUUGGCACUCUAAAUGGAAUUAUUCUCUCAUUAAAGGCUCCAGAAAAAGGACACAAAAACAACAAAUGUGCUUCAAAUCAAGCUCAAACACAGGAGACUAUGGUUGUGGUUGCUAUUUUUGCAUUUGGCCUCCCAGCUGUAAUAAUGUCUUCAAUCUACCUCAAUAUUUUAAUGGUAGCACAUAAACAGGCACGCAGCAUCCUAAACAUGGAUAAAUCUGGUGCAAAUGUCAGUAAAAUGGAGAGAAAGGCGACUAAAACUCUGGCUAUUGUGGUGGGGAGUUUUCUCAUGAGUUGGACUCCUUACUUUCUGUCCGUCAGCUUUUAUCCUCUGAGCAAUUAUACAAUACCACUUCAUGUACUUCAAUCAUUUAAGUGGCUUGGAUGGUCAAACUCAAUGUUUAAUCCAUUAAUUUAUGCUUUCUUUUACAGCUGGUUUCGUUCAGCUUUUAAGAUGAUCAUUACAGGGAAAAUAUUUGCAGAUGAUUUUUCUAAUUCUAAACUCUCUUGAUUCAUUGACUUGCGAGUAAUCAGGUCUAAGGACGAAUAUACAUGUAUUAUGCCUAGACAUUUCUGUAUUCAUCUAUUAUAUUCAUGUACAAAGUUUGUCUGUGCUAUGCAACAACGGUCUGUUUUUGCAAUGCAGUUUAUAUAAAAUGAUACAGUGAUGCAUCUGUCUGAGUGAGUCUAUGAACUUAAUAUCUGUGUAUGCCAUUAUUCCCAUUUUACACACACUCAAGAAGGUCCUAGAGGAACACAGGAAAUAUAUAUGAAUCUAUAUAAAUAAAUCUAUAUAGGAAAUCUAUAAGCAAUCUUCAUUCUGUCACAGUUAUUUAAACCUGUUUCUUGACUGUUUAGUUUCUAAUGUAUUUCUAAUGUAUAAAUUCGUAACAUAUUGGCU